AUGCAUCACUUUCCCAAUCUGGGUGAGAAUACUGCUUUCGAAUUGAAGUCAGGGUUGAUUCACCUCCUACCUUCUUUCCAUGGUCUCUCUGGCGAAGAACCUCAUAAGCACGUCAAGGAGUUCGAGGUGGUUUGCUCUAGUAUGAAACCUCCUGGGGUCACUGAAGAGCAAAUUAGACUGAGAGCCUUUCCGUUCUCUCUCAAAGAUGCAGCUAAAGAUUGGCUGUACUACCUACCAGCAGGUAGUAUUACCACAUGGGCGCAGCUGAAAAAGAAAUUCUUGAAAAAAUUCUUCCCUGCAUCCCGGGCUGCGAGUUUGAGAAAGGAGAUCUGCGGCAUUAAACAAUAUCCCGGUGAGUCCUUGUAUGAAUACUGGGAAAGGUUUAACAAGUUGUACACUAGAUGCCCGCAGCAUCAAAUUAGUGAGCAACUGUUAAUCCAAUACUUCUAUGAAGGGCUCCAACCAACAGAUAGGAGUAUCAUUGAUGCUGCGAGUGGGGGAGCACUUGUAAACAAGACACCGAGGGAAGCGUGGGAGCUCAUCGAAGCCAUGGCAGAGAACUCCCAGCAAUUUGGCUUACGUGAGAGCAACCCUCCCCGUAGAGUCAACGAGGUGGAGACGUCAUCCCUCCAGCAGCAGAUAUCGGAGCUAACAUCCGUUGUUCGACAAUUAAUGGUGGGAAAUGUGCCCCAAGUAAAGGCCUGUGGAAUCUGCACAAACAUGGGCCACCAUACUGACUCAUGCCCUAUAUUGCAAGAGGAUGGGGCUGAGCAAGUGAACAUGGCUAGAGGCGUGCCCGCGCCUCGUAGGCAAUACGAUCCGUAUUCCAACACGUACAAUCCAGGUUGGAGAGAUCACCCCAAUCUCAGCUAUGGUAGUAGGCCACAAAAUGCAUUCUCCAAUCGGCCUCCAGGAUUUUAG